AUGGCGGAAGGGUCGUCAGGAAGUGAUAAUACUUCUGCACAAUUGGAUAGAAAACUUGAGUAUGGACCGUUAGCAAAAGCACUCUACAUAUUGGUGUCUUUUUUUGAAGGCUACGACCAACAAGUGUUGUCCAUGUGUAUGAGAACCUUUGAGUUGACAUUGGGAUUCUCACAGUCUCAGUUGUCUACGUUGGCAACGGUAUCAACUAUGUCCCGUAUGGGUUGCUGCUUACUUUGGGGUUUACUGGCAGACCAGCAUGAUUCAAACCUUAUACUUGGUGCUGGUCUUUUAGUGAUGGGUAUGGCUUCGAUUUUCUUAAGUUCAGCGUCGCAUUACAAAGUGAUUGUGUUUUUGCGUUUCUUACACGGUUUUGGAUUUGCCUGCGUUUACCCUGUACAACAAAAAAUUGUUUCCGAUUCGACAGAGUCGAAGGAAGCAGAAGAUAAAAGGAAAUCGGUAACAGAAAAAGGCACAAAGGGGGGGGCAGGAUCACCGGGGACAUCAGUAACACCUACAUCUCCGGAAGCAGAUACUGCAAAAACAUCAAAGAAAAAGGAAUCAAAGGAAGCUAGUACCAUGUUCACGGCUCUACAGGCUCUAAAUUGCAUUGGUCGUCUUUUAUGCGCUGUGAUAACUACGAUAAUCGCACGCAAAGUAUUAUUGGGUUAUUAUGGCUGGCGCACUUCCUAUGUAGUUUUAGGUUAUGUAUGGAUAUUGUUUGGUAUAGGGAUUCUAUUUGGCUUGACACCUCUAUGUCGAAACGAGGCUUAUAAGUCCGACGAAAAUUUUAAGGAGCUUUUAGAGGAUGCGUUUUCAAACGCUUUUAGGAGGGCAACUACGUGGAUAUUGAUAUUGACGAUAUUCAUCGCAGAAGCUCCAAUGUCCGCGUUUAAUUAUAUGACGAUAUACCUUCAAUAUUUAGGAGUAUCUGACACAAUGGCAGGCGUUGCAAUUGCAGUUACAUUGAUUGGUGGCGCAGCGGGAAGUGGAGCUGGGGGGAAAAUCAUAGAGAAAAUUGCGGAUCUCGAAGACGGAUUUGGUGAACUCGGUUGUGGAAUCGCAGUGAUGGUUGUCCGAUUAGUGGUCUGUCUGUUGUUCUUCUUAGGGAAGCCACCGUGUGGAAAGUUGCUAUGGUAUCAUUAUGUAGAGUUGGCAACCCUUGGUGGAACAUUAGUUACUGUUGGCGGAGUAGAUAGGGCGCUUUUGAAGAGUUCGGUCGAAAAUAAAUCGCAGGCAACAGCGUCCGCGACAGUUAGAACCAUAUCUGGCAUAUCAAGUAGUAUAAUUCUUUUCCAGGUUUGCGCAUAUUUGACCGAGAAGGUGUUCGGCUACGUACCAUCUAGGGAGUCCUUUGAAACGAUGGCAACAGAUAUUAAAGAGAGAAAUGCUGAGGCUCUGAGGAAAUCAAUGAUGUAUAUCAUUUUGGCCGGCACAUUGCUAAACGUUGUGUGCUAUGUUGUGUUGUUUUUUACGUAUAAAAUGGAUAAGAAAAAAGUUGAUGAGAACAAUGCCAAUCACAAAAAGAAAGUAGAAGAAAAACCAAAGCAGCUACAAGAAGGGUCGCAAAAAUGUAUGAAGAAUUAA